AUUUGCAUUAUUAACGCAGAAUUUACCAUUAUAUUUUAUUUGAAGAAGCACACUCGAUAGUAAUAGAUGUUGUCUGUAAUUGUUUAUGCGUAUUAUAAUAAUUCACUCGUAUUAUGUCUCAAGCGCGUAAUUUUAUUUUAAAAACAACAGAAAAUUUUUACCAGAUUCCAACAUUGAACAUUACUCAAAAAUGUGAGAGUAUAUUGCUGGAUUUUAUACACAAUCCACAGACACUCUUAAUUCAGACAUCAAUAUCAAAUAAUUCAUUUGUAGAAAUUAGUACUGAAGUGAAACCAAAUGUAAAGUCUAUUAUAUUCUAUAAAAAUGUAUGCAUUAGUGUAACAGAAAAGGAUAAUAUACAAAAUAUUAACAUUGUUACACUAAACAAUACUGCUGAACAAUCCCUGUACCAAAUUCUCCGACAAAUUUAUUCUCCUUUGCUUGCGCUUGGUAAUAGUUUAUACUCAAGUAAACUAUUGAAGAAUUUAAAUGAUUUAGAAUCCAAUUUAAGAGUAGUGUCUCAGGAAAAAGGGGAUACAGAUAUACAUGUGAUCCUGUCAGUUGAAGAUGAAGUUGAAUAUUGGAGAACAUUGAGCGAAGUUCAAGAUGUGAAUAAAAUAGACAGAGAAGCAGCUGCUUCAUUUUGUGCUUUGUUUGAAGAAAUCUGUGAUGAAAUCCGAUCAGCCCAAUCUAGCAGCAUGCAAGAAGUUCGGGAUUCAGCUGAAAAUAUAGCAGGAAUUCUGGAUGAUGUGUGGAGAUAUACUCCAGUGUCAUUCUCACAGGAUAGAAUGGCUCAUAUGUUUGAUGUUAUCGGCUAUAUUCUCUGCUGUAUGAUACAAAAUGCCGCAUCCAAAGUGAAUCUCUGGAAGCCAUAUGAUGGGCUCAAGGACAACCAGAUACUUGCUCUUUUAUCAGAAAGCCUAGAUGUUGUUAAAGUUUGGAUGGACGCUUGUAAAUCUUUAACAGAAACCUAUUGGCCCAAUUAUGCUCUGCAUCCAUGGAAGGGAAAGACCUUCGUACCAUUGUUCUGUGUUAGUUAUGAGAAAAGACUUAAAGAGAGCAUGUCUGCAGGGGACUGCACUUUUAUCCUUAAAACAAAUAUUUAA